AAAUUCUCGGUCUUCGGAGUUUAUCGACGUGACGUUUAUACGGAAUGCAUACUUCGCACACAAAGAAGUAAACAGUUUACAAAGGAACUCGAGACAAAACUCAAACAUGGUCGCCUUGUUUUUACUCUUCUUUAACGAGUUCUAUCCUUCCUUUCCGCAGCGUCAGUUUAUUGAAGUAAAGUGUUAGCCGAAAACGAGGUGAGGAUGACGGCGCGCGGAAUUUUGCGGUGGAUCGUUUCUCGUUAUCUUUCGCUGUCACUCUGGCAGUCACUUCAGAUCGUGGUGAUCGUAAGCUACAUUUGGGCCCAAUAUGCCCUUCAUGUACAGCUAAGCAAUCGUUUAACGAAUAUCAUUGAAAGGCUAGACAAGCUUGAAGAUUACAUGAACGGCAAAGACUACAGAAAGGUGCAGUUGAGGACUCAUGAUAUGAAGCAAAAGAAUGCUCCCUCUCGUGGAAAGCGAAAUGCGGACUUAGCAGGAAUGAACAACCUCUUACGGCGACUGGAGAGUUUGGAAAAUCGGUAAGUAGAGGAUGUCAUCGUCAAUAGAGCUGUAAUCUUUCAACAGGCUCAACUAAUCAACGUGUUUCGCCCAACCCUCGCUGACAAUUAGCAAGAACGAUCGUAAAAAAUCGAAUAGAUAGAUACAACCAGACGAAUUCUAAAAGUGCCGAAAUGCCAAUCAAUUAUGCAACUGACUGAGUUAUAAGAACUUGAACUUGUUAUGAUAUAUACAAACGACCCUCUCACAAAUACACAACCGAUCACCACCGGUAAGCUUUUUGUUUUAAUUUCGUGUGCGUGUCCAACUUUAAGUCUGCAUGACUAUAGAAUUUUUGUAUAUAAUGGUGGAUCCAAAUUAAAAAAAGAGCCUUAAUCGUUAAAUCAAUAUCACGGGAAAUUUAAUUGCAUUAAUCGAUGACAGAUAUUAGCUCAUAAAUUCCCCAGGGGAUUAAGAUCGAAAUGUAUUACAUUCACAAUCCCGACGGUUAGAACAAGGCAAUAACGAGAGACGGGUGUUUAAGGUAAGGACCUCCACCUGGGACAUUGUCUCCGUGUUAUAUCACAGAGGACCAAACGAUCCACGUGUUAAUCCAAACGGAGGUAGAAUUCACACUAGGAUACUUUUUUAAAACCUAAUACGUAAUCCUGAAAGUAAAAAGGUUCAAACUCUGCAAGAUGGACUAAUGCACACGUAGUCAAGUCUACCAACCGCCAUCUCCAACGUUCCCGAAUUUUCCGGCUACAAAGCGAAGAGGUAAUUAAUUAAGGCAUAGCCGUAAUCUCCAUAAACGAACUAACGGGAUUGCAUUUUUAUCAAAGAAAGAAAGUAAUUAGCGGUAUUAAUCAAAGUGUGUUCGUGCACUAAAACUGUCAUUUGAUGAAGAAUUAUUCUGGGCAUAUAGGUUUAGUCAAGGUCACAUAUUCAAACAUGAAGUCAACAGCAUAACAAUAACAGUGGUAAAAUUGAAACUACUUCCCACACAAAUAUUUACGAUUAUUUUUUUACAUAGUUCACAUAAGUUUAUUUGAUUUUUAGCCAAAUGCUUCACUGAAUUUUCCAAAAAAAAGUUGAGCUUGUUCAUUUGAAACUAUUCCUUCGUAAUUUUACUACUUUCUUCAUUUAUCUUAAGAUUGCUUUGAUACAUAUUGACAAACAAUGUUGAUUAAAAUGUAUCGUAAUAGUCCAUUGUUUUUUUUUUUGUUUUUUUUUAUGAUUCAGUUGGCCACACAAAGAGCCAAAUAUUUCCAUCUUCGACUCUCUGCACUACUGUUCAAAAUAACAGCUGCCCACUUGACAUCCAACCUGAACUUAAAUUGACACACUGACUGCGGGGCCGCCAAUGUGCAUUUUUGCACGAAGCUCAUAGUUUUCGGAUGAAUGACGAAUCCAAAAUUACAGAGACGAAAGAUAAAUCCUACAUUAUAUCACAUAAUAACACAUAGAAUAUGCAUAAAAAAUUGUUAUUUUAAGAGAUGUACAUUAGAUCUUUAAAACGCCUGGUGAAUAUCUAAAAAAUAUCACCACCUUAAGAGCUAUCAACCAGUGUUGUGUUUUGACCGUAAGUUGAAAAAUUUUACAGACAUAAGAAGGCAUGUAUUGAUGAAUCAGAUCAGUAACAAGUCUUCGUAAAACAAGAAAAAUUGCUAGUAACCACUAUAAUUACAAUGAACCUAGUAGAAAAUGGUUCAAUGACUUUAUUUUAUGUUACUCGGAAAGCGGAGCGACACCAAGCACACGGUACACAUGCCCCUAGUAACGUCACUUUUCCUAAUCACCGGCUAGUUAAGCGAGACUGUUGUCCACUGUAGCUUUGAACAGUGACAUACAUAAAGUCCAUUAAUCAGUUCACGCGUUGUUUCCAUGUGCAACAACAUCGGUCAACACUGCCUAAACUAACCUGGUUGGUUGAUUUCUUCAAAAUUUAAGGAUGUCACUUAACACGUGGUUGAAUAUAUCAGAAUGGCUUGUACCAUUUACCAAAGAAAGUGUAAACGAUCUUGUUCAUAACCUCAUUUUUUCGUCUCCUUGUUCUAAAUUUCAGCUUUUCAGCUUCAAAAAAUUUCAGUGCGCAUGAUGGUGGAGCAUUUUGUGUUCAGGGACCUCAAGGAAGACAUGGAAUUCCGGGAAAAAAUGGGAUACCAGGACAUGAUGGGAAGGAUGGAACGACUGGAAGAGACGGUGAGUAGUAAGCUGAUUCUGUUGCCUUAUUUUACUUUAACCAUUUUUUCUUUACAUAAUGAGGCAGAAUGUUCCUUUCGUACCUGUAUGUUAAGACAUGAAUAGGUUCUAAAUCUGCUGACAGUCCCAUUAGAAUAAACAGGCUUAUCAAAAUUGUCUUACCACUUGAGAACAUGAUUAUAAAAGAAUAUGAAAGAUGGUAACAUGAUUAUACUUAGCCAAGUAAACCAAUUAAUCUAUAUAAAAAAAUGAACAAAAGAAGAAAAACAGCUGCAGUUACGUGAAAAAGAAGCGAGGAAGGAAUAACCAAACAAGUCGUUGAGGAAAACGAAGGCCGGACUUGAACAAAGAAAGACUAAAGAAUUCUCUGUUCUGAGCGAAAAAUUGUUGUGAAAAGUUGUAGUUGUUGUGACGCAGUGUUCGUGUUCAUUAGUGUAGGAAGAGAUGGCAUCGACGGACGCGAUGGAGUACCGGGUAUAAAUGGAAUCCCAGGAGAGCAAGGAUUGCCGGGUAAGUUGGCUUCAUUUGCAUCCAAGAGUGGAGCGCCUUUUUUAACCUAAACUUUGAUUUCUUUCGGAAUUUGGUGCAAAACAAUAUCAAUUUACUAUUUUCUGUUUUAACUUCUCGUUGAGGACAACCGAAACAACUCUGGGUACUUCCAAACUGGGCUGCACUGUUGAAACUUCGCACUGAUUUCCAUUACUUCUGGGCGAGCUUGACUCAUAGACAGAUUUUUUUCAUGGCACGUAAUUCGGAUUAGUGUCCCACAGCCUCCAAAAUAUCGCAAAUCAGCUUAGCGUGCGGGGCGAGGUAAAGAGCGGCCUCGAUCAGAUAAACUCCACAGCGUGGUUGUUAGCUGAUUACUGGCUAAGAAAUUUAGGGAACCCUUUUUAAGAUUCAAACAUGUCCGCGGUAAAUCCACAUAACACCGACAAGAAGCUACUAACUAAUCAAAAUAUCAGUGCGUUACUUCAUCUUAUUAACUUGAAAGGAUUAGAGAAUGGCAUGUUUAGCCUCAUAGCUCGAGGAAAUCAUAGUCAACGAAGAUAAGUCCACAAACUUAGUCGGAAAUUACAAUUACAAUAAGGAGUUACGCCAUUGCAUGGGCAACUUGAAAAAAAAAAGCCUCGUCAUACGAUACCCUUUGAUCUUCUUCAUCCUCGGCCAUUCUUGUACCUCCUUGCUUUGCUGUUGCCCUUUUUUGAGCUCUCAUAUCUUUCUAACCUCUUACGUCUUAAUUCCUCACAGAAGAUAGUCUUAAAAUGCGCGAGAAUUGUUAGAAAUGUCGGAAAUGCUGUAAUUAAUACUUAACCCUUUAACCAAUAAAAGUGACUAGCAUCUAAUUUCUCCUUACAGUAUCACCCCUAGAUCAAACAUUAAGGUCAUGAGAAUGAUGGAAAUGAUCAAAAAAUACAGGAGCUCUUAACUGUUAAGCAAAAUUUCUGUCAGCAGCUUAAGAAAUGUAUAGAAAACAGUAUGGAGAACGUGCACACUGAUCUUUGGGUGCCAAGGAUUACUAGAGGGGAACACCAAGGAGAUCGCUUUGACACUCAAGGAAUGUCCAGUAGCUACUACAGCUGGGUUUGUUUUGUUUAAGGCAGAGAUGGUGCUACAGGACCAAAAGGGGACCAAGGCCAAAAGGGACACAGAGGAAAACAAGGCCCUCAGGGGCCCCCAGGUGACCCUGUGACGUGUUCCCAAAAAAAAGCCUCAGGAAGUUCCAUGUUUAUUCGAUGGGGACGUAGUGUAUGUCCAUCUCGCACAGGCGCUGAACUAGUUUAUGAAGGUAUUUUUAAACUUUCGAAAAAGUAUUGUCACUAAAGAAGGUGUAAACCUUUAUAUAGUUGUGAUUGUGUUGAACAUCUCAGUACAGCCGAAAUACAAAGAACAGUGAAGAAAUACCAAAGUACGAUGCGGUUUGGGCAAAACUGUGUAAAGCUGUGAAUUUGCUCUUUGAACUUACAUCACCUAAUUAGGAGGCUCCAUUUAAAAAAGUCAGAAUAUUCACUCAGCAAUCAAAUGUUUGUUACAGCUCCAAUGAGGCCUAGUUUUUCAUAUUUGGAUUCUCGUUUGAAUGCUUUUUCAAGGCCUAGCAACUACUUGGCACUUUUCCAGAAUCCACACGAUUCCCAGAACCCACAUACUCCUGUCUAACUGUAUAAUUUAUCCGCUAUCAUUUUGUUGGCAUCUAUUGGGUUCUUACUUCAUGAUUGAGGCUUUUUUCAUCGAUUGUGUCUCAGGCCGAGUAGCUGGGUGGCGCCCAACAGGAGAGGGCGGAGGAGCCGACUAUUUGUGCAUGCCUCUCGAUCCUCUUUACCUCAAGAGCCCUUCAUCGGGGUCCAACUCGAGGGCGCCCCUCUUUGGUGUAAAGUAUGGUCACGUGGAGGAUCUUUUUAUGAGGAAAGGCAGCAGGGGACCUCAUAUUAGUUACCUUGGUGUCCCAUGCGCUAUGUGUCGCGUGCAACAAAGAGGAUCCUCAAUGAUGUUUCCUGGAAAAAAUGUGUGCCCGACUGGAUUUUGGACCCGCGAGUACCACGGGUAUCUUAUGACGGACACCAACAACAACACGAGACCUGAGUACAUUUGUGUUGACGCUGAUGCUACUGGAGUAAAAGUGCCCUCCAACAGAAGACAUGCCGGGAAAGCUUUACUAACGUCAGUACAAGGACAGUGUGGAGUGUUGCCUUGCCCGUAUUACAAGCAGGACUGGGAACUGACAUGCGCAGUAUGCACAAUGUAG